AUGAUUGAGUUUCUUCUUGCAUGUGGUGCAAAUAUCAAUGCAAAAGAUAAAGGUGAAGGAACGGCUCUUCAUGAUUCAGUAGUAGAAAGUAUAGAAAUUGAUGAACUUCUUAUUUCAUUUAGAGCAGAUGUUAAUGCAGCUGUUGAUAUUCGAGGAGCAGCUCUUCCUAUUACGGCAGAUAAUAACAAUAAAGAAACAACCAAAUUUCUUAUUUCACAUGGCGUGGAUAGCACAGUUCAAAGUAUAAUCGGAGAAACAGCUGAUGAAAUUAUAGCAAAAAGUAAUAAUAAAAAGAUCUAUUUGUAUAAAGCAUAUUGCAUAUAA